ACUUCAAGAAUGAGUCCUCCACAAGACAGAAGUAGAAAUUCCUGCAGCAGCGAGCCUCUGGCAAAGUGCCUUCAAGCAAAGAAGGACUUAGAAACAGCUAUAUCUGGAAUUGUCAAAGCUGAACAACAGAUUAAAGAGAACUGGCGGGAGGUAAAAGCGAAGAUUCACAGCCACAUCAGCCGCCACCUGGAAUGCCUGCGCAGCCGUGAGGUUUGGCUGUUUGAGCAGGUAGAUCUCAUCCAGCAGCUGAAAGAGGAGGCGUUGCAGCAGCAGGCACAGCAGCUCUAUUGGUAUUUGGGACAAUUCAAUUGCCUUAUUCAUCAGCUGGAACGCUCCUAUAGUAACGAACUAGCAAACCAGAUUUCACUUUGCCUGGAGAGACUAGAAAGUCUUACUCUUAAACCAGAGGAGUCUUCCAUCCUGAAUUUUGAGGCUGACACAUCUUACCUUCGCCAGGCUAUUACCUCGUUUGGUUCAAUUAAAACAAUGCAAACCUCAGAGAGAGAGAAUACUUCUCCCUGGUUCCCAGGGCAGAACUGUGCCCUAAUGAACUGCGAGCAGCAGAAAACCUUGUGUGGGACAGUGAGCGCCUCACUUGCUGACUGGUUACUUGGAAGCAGACCUGCGGGUGUUUGCCAGGCUCCGUAUGUUCCCAGCACCAAUCUUGAAGAAUGGGUUACGCAGAAAUGUGCAUCGGAGCCCAGCCAGGAUUUAAAUUCUUCCAAAGUCUGUUAUUUUGAGCAAGCCUGGGGAAAUCUGAAAGAUUUGGAAAACUGGCUCCUGCAGAAUCAACAGUGUGAUGUUGCCGGGAAGGCAGACCCCCCUGGCUGCAAGGACUCCACGUCUACUUUCAACUCAUCCUUUUCCGCUCUUGAAAAGGUGGAGGAAUUGGAGUCCCUUGGAGAAGAAGAGAUGGAUCUUUCUGACUGGUUGCUCACUCCUGACACAGAAAAUGGAAGUGGUGUUUCAGAUGGGAAAUGGAAGUAUGAAUUCAGACCUUUUAGGGAGGAAUUUAAUUUGAGUGAUUGGCUCCUCAAAGCUGAAACCUGCACCAAUUGUCGUGGCAGCCAGAUCAAAAGCGUGGAAAUCGAGAACCUGGGAAAUCUGAAGUGCCUGAAUGAGCAUCUUGACGGAAAGAAAUCACCCACGACAUCUGCCGUAAAUGCUUGGCUACUUCAGCAUCCCCAGGCGCCAUUUAAAGUGGAAGAUGUGUGCAAAGCCAAUGACCUAUGUGCCAGCUUUUCAGAAUGCGUGUGCGAUGAAAACUGUGGAAAAGAGGCUCUGUGUAAAUGGCUUCUGAGGAAAGAAGGGAAGGAUAAAAACGGAGUUCCAGUCAGCCAGAAAGAUGCACCAAACCCUGAGCACGAGAAGACCAAGUCUGCUGCUGGUACCUGGCUUAACCCUGCCCAGCAGCUCAUGGAGGGACCUGUUAGUGUGGAGAAAGCGGAUUAUUCAGCAGAAAUCGCGGAACCCUUGAAAGUGCUGCUCGAAAGGCCUCUGACAAGCUGGCUGGCCAAGUCUGAGCACAAAGCAGAAAGCACAGAAGAAAAGGCGAGUAGGGAAAAAGCAGAUAAUAGUUUCAAGAGUCCUUUCCUAGACCUCUUGGCUCCAUUCCACCUCCCCUUGAAUGUGAACAGUUGGGUGUUGACUUCAAACAGUCUGGAAAACGCGAACACGCCUUCAGCAGAAGAUAAAUGGCUCCUGCGCAAGAAAGCACAGGACUUUGGCCUUCCUACAGUCUGUGACCUUUUUGCCUGUAUGAAACUCAACGGAGAAACAGAAAAAUGGCUGUACCGAACUCCUUUACAGAUGUGAAGAACUGGAAGCAUCAGAAUCGUCCCCUUCCUGAUGAUUCGCACAUCACGCUGAGUGACUGCAGCCAGCUGAAUUCUUGUGUUUUGUGUUUGACCGUCUGCUUUUUCUUCUAAAAUUGUAACAAAAAGAAAGAUUACUCAUAUACCAGAGUUACGGUGCAGAAGAUACCUUUUUGUUAUUAAUUCCAAAAUGUAAAUCCACUGAGCAUAAGCAAUCUGAUACUAUAGAGGUGUUAGUAAAUUUGUGUCUGUUGCGGGACUACGUGAAUCUUCUUUAAUGGGUUGUCACCUGAAGUAUGUUGAAGCCAGUGCAAAGAUAAUGAAAAAUCUCCGUGGUGCUGCGAGACGUCCACCUUUGGCAGUCACUUCAGGAGUGUUACUGUUCC